GUGAGGAGAUGUUGCUUCAGGUUGGUGGUGCAGCCUGGCUGGCCGGAGCAUUUGCUACUGCCGAGGACUCCUAGGCCAGUCGCGAAUGUGACGGAACGAAGCAGCGACAACCCAGACUGUGGACCAGAACCUCCGCGCCUCAAGUCGCCUCACAACUCACAGCAAGCCAGCCAUGCAGGCGAUCAACGGGGUGGCGCGUGUGGCCGUUGGACAAUUCUGUAAGGCAAGGCAAGGCAAGGUGCCAUGAUAUUAUGGAUAUCACGCUUGUUAUGACCCCAAUACCUUUCUCUCUUGGACGAAUCCCAGGCUCCAUCUGCAGGACAAGCAAGCCACGUUGUUAUUAGGUUGCACAAGCCCGCGCGCGCACUAUGGGCCGCCGAUCACCCUGCGACAAAGUCUACAUCAUCAUGUGUACGUCGCCCGACGGACCCCUGACCACCAGCGUUCUCUCCGUCUUCGCCGCGCUCCAGGACGCGAAUGAGGAGUGUCUCCGUCAAGCCCGCGCCGCCGGCGUCGAGUUGACGAGGGAGUCGAGCACGUCGGGGCCGGAGACGGACACAAUUGGCCCCGUGGAGCCGGUGAGAUGGGAUACGCUGGACGGGGUGAGCUGCUGGGUGGAGGCGUUUGAUGUGAUACCGCAGCGCAUACAGCCAUCCGUGCUACAAUAGACAUUUUUGUUCUUAUGACGUAACGACAGAGCAAUACGGAGACGGCCCGCGUGGGGAGGAUGCUAGCCAGGGUCAUGGUUUACAGAGGCUGGGUAUCUCACCCCAUAGUAGCGAGAAUCCGCUACACAAAAGAAGAAAGAAAC